AAAUACUGACAACAACAUCUUUUCGUCAUCGUUUCCUCGCUUUUGCAGACAAAUCGUCCCCUUUCCACUCCUCCCAACCAGAAAAUAAGAAUAAGCAUGGAGGACCGACAGCAGCCAUACAGGCGGCCCACUAAGAGGCGCCGACUUCCGCAGUCCGGUCCACUAUCUAGUUCAGCAUCAACAUCUGCGUCUCCGCCUGCUUUAUCUCCGACCUUGGACAAAGGCAAAGGGCGCGCUAUUCAUGACCUAGGGCUCGAAGAGGAUCCAUAUGACAAAGACUGUACGGUAGAAGUGAGCACAAAUGAUUCAGAGGAUGAGGUGGAAGAAGGCAAUCUCAUCGAGGACGAUCAAGGAGGAUCAUCUUCAAGAGGUAAACAAGCAUGGGCGAUGCGUAAAGCCCGGAGAGUUGAACGUCUUCGUGAGGCUGAGAAAUAUAUUCAUAUUCCACCAAUGCCUCCACCCUCAAAUCCCACCAGCGAUCUUCUUCAAGCUAUCCAUCACCAUGCCUCUCACUUCUAUACUUCGACUUCAUUGUUAAUACCUCCCAAGAAACGUCAGCGAGCAGCGCCUUGGGCAAGUAAAAAGAGAGUUGAGGUUUUAAAAGAUUCGCUACUGUCAAAAGGCCAUGCGCAGGGUAUAGAAAGUCUUGUCAACGAACGUGGCGAGUUCGUCUCGGUAGCAAGGGAAGAAAAAGUAGACGGAGGCGAUAUACGGGGACCUAGGGGAAAAUAUAAGGUCCGGGAUAUGUAUCGUGCCAUAGAAGGGGAGGGUCUGAUGGCUAUUGGCAUAAUUUUGCAGGAGUAUGUCAUUAGAACGUUACGCGAAAUAGGCUAUCAGCCCGGCGAGGGAUCUCAAGCGGGAAUCGAGUCAAAAGGGGAUAAUGAAGCGCAAGGUGGAAAUGAAGAAGAAGAGAAUGGCGGUCCCGAAAGAUAGUAACUGAGCAUUUGUUUCCAUACGACAGGACCAUCAAUAAUCGUAGAUUUUCAAAUUACUAGUAGUACAAGUAUAAGUACAAUAGCACAUCCGUCAAAUAGCAUUGUAAAGUUGUAUCCAUAGCAUGCCUGGUGAAUAUAUGCAUA